AUGACUACUCAAUCGGAAAGCGAAACGGGCGCCAUGGGCGUGGUCGGAGGCGGCAUGCCCGAAGCCGCCAGCGGCGAGCGGCGGCACGUGCCGUUGUACGGCAGGUUGGUGGCAGAGGAGCAGCUUGCCUCGAUGAGUGCACCAUCUGACAUACAGGUGAGCGCUACUGAGCGCAGCCCCCGAGCUUUCUGCCGCUGUAAACAGACUAAGGCGAUGCAAGCUCGAAUACCACAUCAUUUUCGGGACCCUUCAACAGCACCGCUUAGAAAACUCAGCGUAGACCUCAUCAAAACUUAUAAACACAUAAACGAGGUAUAUUAUGCGAAGAAGAAGCGGAGAGCGCAACAGUACCUGGGCGAGGACGGCUCGCACAAGAAAGAGCGGAAGCUGUACAACGACGGCUACGAUGAUGACAAUCACGAUUACAUUAUAAAGCAGGGCGAGAAGUUCCUUGACCGGUACGAGAUCUCAUCACCAAUCGGGAAAGGAUCUUUUGGACAGGUUGUGAAAGCGUAUGACCACGAGGAGCAGUGUCAAGUAGCGAUUAAAAUAAUUAAGAAUAAGAAACCCUUCCUAAACCAGGCACAAAUAGAAGUCCGGUUACUAGAAAUGAUGAACAGGGCGGAUGCCGAAAAUAAGUAUUAUAUAGUAAAACUGAAACGUCACUUUAUGUGGCGGAAACACUUGUGCCUAGUGUUCGAGCUGUUGUCAUACAACUUGUACGACCUACUGCGCAACACAAACUUUCGCGGCGUGUCGCUGAACCUCACGCGCAAGUUCGCGCAGCAGCUCUGCACAGCGUUACUGUUCCUUAGUCAACCUGAACUAAAUAUAAUUCACUGUGAUCUUAAACCCGAGAAUAUACUACUAUGUAACCCGAAGAGGUCGGCCAUUAAGAUUGUCGACUUCGGCAGUUCCUGUCAACUAGGUCAAAGAAUAUACCAAUAUAUACAGUCAAGGUUCUACAGGUCGCCCGAAGUCCUAUUAGGUGUACCGUAUGAUCUGGCGAUAGACAUGUGGUCGUUGGGCUGCAUACUUGUGGAGAUGCACACAGGCGAGCCGCUGUUCAGCGGCGCCAACGAGGUCGAUCAGAUGAACAAGAUCGUGGAGGUGCUAGGCAUGCCGCCCGAUCAUUUGCUCGACCAGGCUCACAAAACUAGGAAGUUUUUUGAUAAAUUACCAGCAUCCGAGGGUGGUGGUUACGUAUUAAAAAAAGUCAAUGGAAAGGAUGGCAGUGGUUACAGGAAGUACCGCGCGCCGGGCACGCGGCGGCUGCACGACAUCCUCGGCGUGGAGGGCGGCGGGCCGGCGGCCAGGCGGCGCGGCGAGCCCGGUCACUCCGUCUCUGACUACCUCAAGUUUAAGGACCUAAUCUUGCGUAUGCUCGAGUAUGACCCGAAGCAGCGAGUGACGCCGUACUAUGCGUUACAACACAACUUCUUCAAACGGACAGCGGACGAGUCCACGAAUACCCAACAAGCUCAGUCGCAUCACCAACACGCGGAGGCACGCGGCGUGGGCGUGGGCGUGGUCGGCGUGGUGGGGGCCGGCGGCGGUGGAGGGGCGCGGCGCGGAGCGUGGGGCGGGGAGCGCAUGGACGUCGAGGGGGCGCGCCGCGACGACGAUCUCCUGCCCGUCUGCUCGCUCGCGCACUCGCCCGUUGCCAUACACUAG